AUGCGACGACGAGGAAGAUCCCCAACAAGUUAUCGAGGUACCAACACAACAACCGAAGACGAUGUCUUGGAUGAAGAUGAUCAAAGUGAAUUAAUCGAAGAAAUUCGGCUUGAAGCAGAAGCCCAGAUGGAGCAAUUUCAACGUUACUUUACAUUCAUUGGUUUUGGAGCGAUUGCUAUCUCUUUGGUGGAUCCAUUUCUCUGUCAGGAAGAGUGCGAACAGCAAAUUACGAGUUGUUGGAGUCAUUCAAUAUUUUCUGCUGUCCUACACGGUGCUGCUGUCGCUCUUGCUAGGAACCAGAGCAAUGAGCAAGACUUUCAUUGGUUCUUGAUUUUGUUCGCGCUGGUUGUGAUACCAAUGAUAUUCUGGGUGAUGGAUUUGUUUCAUGAAGACAUUGAGCACUUUCAUAUUGGAUUGUUACUGAGCAACAUGGUGACAUUUGUCGGAUGCAUAUUGCUUCGGUGGGACGACCAAUCCACUUUUACUUCUAUCGAUGAUUUACAUGAUCUCAAGUAUGCCCACAAAACACUUUGA